GGGAGACAGGGGCGGGGCGCUUCGACGUUGGCGGAGGCUGCAGCUAGCUACCUCCGCGCCCGCUCUGCUCCCUAGGACGCAUCGGGCUCGCCGGGUGGGGGGCGGCUCCCUUCCUCUUCGCAGCUAAGCAGCCUGUCUUUCGACUACUGCAGGCAGACCACUGCCUUCCAGUAACGAUGGGUGUCGCUAGACCCAGCUGGGACUCGGCCAGGCUCCAGCGCUCAGCCUAAGCGGAGGGCCCUCUUCCAGCCCUGCUCUGUCUGCCUGUCAUGGCCACACUCGGCUGCUGCCUGCUUGUCUGGGGACCUAGGGCACCCAGCCCCAGCCCUGAGAGGUUAAGCCUGACCCUCUGGCUCCAGUCCACAGGGGUGCCCCGGGCACCAGGCCUCUUCCAGAGCAAGAGCAACUGAUGCCAUGGGAGAAGCACCUGCCCACCCGUCCACUUGCCUGGUGCCGCCUGCUCAGAGACCCAUGCCCUGGGUGUCAACCCUGUGAACUCCGUCCCGUCCCCUGCCGCUGAGAAGGCCCUGCCCACCCCCACCAUGUGUGAGGUGAUGCCCACAAUCAAUGAGGGGGACCCGCUGGGGCCCCCCCACGGCGCCGAUGCUGACGCCAACUUUGAGCAGCUGAUGGUCAACAUGCUGGACGAGCGGGAGAAGUUGCUGGAGUCCCUUCGGGAGAGUCAGGAGACCUUGGCGGCCACGCAGAGCCGGCUCCAGGAUGCCCUGCAUGAACGGGACCAGCUCCAGCGCCACCUUAACUCCGCCCUCCCCCAGGAAUUUGCCACCUUAACUCGGGAGCUGAGCAUGUGUCGGGAGCAACUUCUAGAAAGGGAGGAAGAGAUAUCAGAGCUGAAAGCAGAGCGGAAUAACACGAGGUUGCUCCUGGAACACCUGGAGUGCCUGGUGUCCCGCCACGAGCGGUCGCUGCGGAUGACUGUGGUGAAGCGCCAGGCCCAGUCUCCUUCAGGGGUGUCCAGUGAGGUGGAGGUGCUGAAGGCCCUCAAGUCGCUGUUUGAGCACCACAAGGCCCUGGAUGAGAAGGUGCGGGAGCGGCUCCGAGCAGCCCUGGAGCGAGUGACCACCUUGGAAGAGCAGCUGGCAGGGGCCCACCAGCAGGUGUCUGCCCUGCAGCAGGGGGCCGGGGUUCGCGAUGGAGUGGCGGAAGAGGAGGGGACCGUGGAGAGGGGACCGAAGCGCCUGUGGAAGGAUGACACGGGCCAGGUAGAGGAGCUGCAGGAGCUCCUGGAGAAGCAGAACUUUGAGCUGAACCAAGCUCGGGAGCGACUGGUCACCCUGACGGCAACAGUGGCUGAACUUGAGGAGGAUCUGGGCACUGCCCGCCGGGACCUCAUCAAGUCGGAGGAGCUGAGCAGCAAGCAUCAGCGGGACCUCCGGGAGGCUCUGGCCCAGAAGGAAGACAUGGAGGAGAGAAUCACAACACUCGAGAAGCGCUACCUGGCUGCGCAGCGCGAGGCCACGUCCAUCCAUGACCUCAAUGACAAACUGGAGAAUGAGCUGGCCAAUAAGGAGUCCCUGCACCGCCAGUGUGAAGAGAAGGCCCGGCACCUGCAGGAGCUGCUGGAGGCCGCAGAGCAGAGGCUGCAGCAGACCAUGCGCAAGGCUGAGACGCUGCCCGAGGUGGAGGCCGAACUGGCCCAGAGGAUCGCAGCUCUCACCAAGGCUGAAGAAAGGCACGGCAGCAUUGAGGAGCAUCUGCGGCAGCUGGAGGGGCAACUGGAGGAGAAGAACCAGGAGCUGGCGAGGGUGAGGGCACCGGGCUGGGCUCGCAGGCCCUCUCCUUGUCCCCAGGGCAGCCUCUCAGGUGUGCUGGUUCUGCAGGUGCGCCAGCGGGAAAAGAUGAACGAGGACCACAACAAGCGGUUGUCAGACACCGUGGACCGGCUGCUCAGCGAGUCCAACGAGCGCCUGCAGCUGCACCUCAAGGAGCGAAUGGCGGCCCUGGAGGAGAAGAACACGCUGAUCCAGGAGCUGGAGAGCUCCCAGCGGCAGAUCGAGGAGCAGCACCAUCACAAGGGCCGCCUGUCUGAAGAGAUUGAGAAGCUGCGCCAAGAGGUGGACCAGCUGAAGGGUCGAGGGGGGCCGUUUGUGGAUGGCGUCCACUCCAGGUUGCACAUGGGCAGCGCAGGGGAUGUGCGGUUCGCCCUGAGCACAGCCACGCACGUGCCCUCAGGCCUGCACCGCCGCUACUCAGCCCUGCGGGACGAGUCUGCCAAGGACUGGGAGCCCUCUCCACUGCCUGGGGGGCUGGCCCCCACCGCCGCCCCUGCCUUUGACAGUGACCCCGAGAUCUCUGAUGUGGACGAGGAUGAGCCAGGGGGUCUGGUGGGCUCCGUGGAUGUUGUCUCCCCCAGCGGCCACUCGGACGCCCAGACUCUGGCCAUGAUGUUGCAGGAGCAACUUGAUGCCAUCAAUGAGGAGAUCAGGAUGAUCCAGGAAGAGAAGGAGUCUGCGGAGCUGCGUGCUGAGGAAAUCGAGACUCGAGUGACCAGCGGCAGCAUGGAGGCCCUCAACCUGACUCAGCUGCGUAAGCGCGGCUCCAUCCCCACCUCUCUGACCGCCCUGUCCCUGGCCAGCGCAUCCCCUCCGCUCAGCGGCCGCUCCACGCCGAAGCUUACCUCCCGCAGUGCUGCCCAGGACCUGGACCGCAUGGGGGUCAUGACCCUGCCCAGUGACUUAAGAAAGCAUAGGAGGAAGCUGCUGUCGCCAGUGUCUCGGGAAGAGAACCGAGAGGAUAAAGCCACCAUAAAAUGUGAGACUUCUCCUCCUUCCUCACCCAGGACGCUGCGGCUAGAGAAGCUUGGCCAUCCCGCCCUGAGCCAGGAAGAAGGCAAAAGUGCUUUGGAGGAUCAGGGCAGCAACCCAAGCAGCAGCAACAGCAGCCAGGACUCCCUGCACAAGGGCGCCAAGCGCAAGGGCAUCAAGUCGUCCAUCGGCCGCCUGUUCGGGAAGAAGGAGAAGGGCCGGCUGAUCCAGCUGAGCCGGGAUGGAGCCACGGGCCAGGUUAUGCUAACAGACUCCGAGCUUGGUCUGCAGGAGCCCAUGGUGCCUGCCAAGCUGGGGACCCAGGCAGAGAAGGACCGGAGGCUAAAGAAGAAACACCAGCUGCUUGAAGAUGCCCGCAGAAAAGGAAUGCCCUUUGCCCAAUGGGAUGGCCCUACUGUGGUCUCCUGGCUGGAGCUCUGGGUGGGGAUGCCCGCCUGGUAUGUGGCCGCCUGCCGCGCCAACGUCAAGAGUGGAGCCAUCAUGUCGGCCCUGUCGGACACAGAGAUCCAGCGCGAGAUCGGCAUCAGCAAUGCCCUGCACCGGCUCAAGCUCCGGCUGGCCAUCCAGGAGAUGGUGUCGCUGACCAGCCCCUCUGCCCCGCCCACCUCCAGGACCUCUUCCGGGAAUGUCUGGGUCACGCACGAAGAGAUGGAAACUCUGGCAACACCCACUAAAACAGACAGUGAGGAGGGCAGCUGGGCUCAGACCCUGGCCUAUGGGGACAUGAACCACGAGUGGAUCGGGAACGACUGGCUGCCCAGCCUGGGGCUGCCCCAGUACCGCAGCUACUUCAUGGAGUGCCUGGUAGACGCGCGCAUGCUGGACCACCUGACCAAGAAGGACCUGCGGGUUCACCUGAAGAUGGUGGACAGCUUCCACCGAACCAGUCUUCAGUACGGUAUCAUGUGUCUGAAGAGGCUGAAUUAUGACCGGAAGGAGCUGGAGAAACGGCGGGAGGAAAGCCAGCACGAGAUCAAGGAUGUGCUCGUCUGGACCAAUGACCAGGUGGUUCACUGGGUCCAGUCCAUCGGGCUGCGGGAUUACGCAGGAAACCUGCAGGAGAGCGGCGUGCACGGGGCCCUGCUGGCCCUGGACGAGAACUUUGACCACAACACGCUGGCCCUGGUCCUCCAGAUUCCCACGCAGAACACCCAGGCACGCCAGGUGAUGGAAAGAGAGUUCAACAACCUGUUGGCCUUGGGCACAGACCGGAAGCUGGAUGAUGGCGAGGACAAGGUGUUCCGACGCGCGCCCUCCUGGAGGAAGCGCUUCCGGCCGCGGGAGCCGCACGGCGGCCUGCUCGGCACCUCGGCGGAGACGCUCCCUGCCGCCUUCCGCGUGGCCAGCCUGGGGCCGCUGCAGCCCCCGCCCGCGCCGCCGAAGAAGGUCACGCCGGAGGCCGGGACGGCGGGCGCGCCGAGACUGGAGCCCUCCACGGUGCGGACCUACUCUUGCUGACCCCCCCUCCCGCCCCGGCCCUCGCGGGGGUGUGCCCGUGGCGCGGGCUCGCUCCCACUAUCUCUACGGACACAUGCUCUCCGCCUUCCGGGACUAGCCACGGCCCCCAGGGGCAGCGUCCUCCGGCUGAGUGGGCUCAGCCGGCCCUGCCCCCUCCUGCUCGUUCCCCAUCUUCUUACAACUCCUGGUCUCGUCCGUGACUUUCCAGUUGCCCUGGACCUCAGAAUAUACUCCUCCAUCCCCUCGGCACCCCACUACCCUGAGUCCCACCGUGUGCCCUUUGUAAGUCUCUUGUGGCUGUGGCUGGGUGUCCGGGUUGUCCAUGCUUGGGAUUCUGCAGAAGGGACUGGAAGACAGCAGCCCAGGGCCGGGUGUGACUUCAUCCUCCUUCUUCUGGACCUAGCCUGGUCUGGACUGUGACCUCCGCCAGAGACCAGGAUGCGGUGCCAGGGGCUAGGGAUGGCCCUUCCAAGAAAAUGGCACUUCAGACUCUGCCUUGCUCAGGCCGUGGGGCCUUCCCGUCCACGUGCACAUCCCAGCUGUCUGACAUCUGGUUUCAGUACUCCCAGGAUCGCACCUUUCCCCAGCUCAUCUCCACCAGGGCACCUCCUGUCUCCAGGACCUCCUUGGGGUCUGGGAGGGGCUGCAGAAGGCCCCAUACUCUCUCAGGAUGGUGAGGCUGGGGAGGAGAAAGGCUAAGGUGGUGAUUCCAGGCCUUCGCUUAAGAUGAAACCCAGACGUGAUUUGAGGAUGAAUCUGAGAGAAACGGGCUCCUGAUCUUUGAGCCAAGGUUAAGGAUGGGGAAACUCUCAGCCCUCCACCCAGUGAUAGGUUCAGGUCAGUCAGCUGGAGGGACAGCCAAGUGCCUGUAUCAGCCUUAAGCCUCAAAGGCAGGGGGAAGGUGUCCUGUCCUGCCCCAGCCAUAAGGAGUUGCUGCUGGGGCAGGGCUGGUGGGGGGUGGGGUUGUGUGGGGUCUUGGCUCUGGGACAGAAGAGAGCUACCUGUGCACUGACCACUCCGUUCCCAGUGUUCCCUCCCUUGCUGUCCUCCUCUGCCCACCUCUUUAGUAAUCCAGCCCCUAAGAAUAUACAUGAUGGGUGGGUUGAAGAGACAUUGAGCUACAAAUCGGAUUUGGGAAAAUGUAGUGUGAAGCUUUCUUCUCCGGAUCUCUUGGGAAGAAAAUAAAGCUUUCCCUUCCGUGA